AGAGGGAGGGCGGGAGAGCGGGCGCGCUUGUCAUGUUCCCUCUCUCACCCUGGGGGCAUCCUGCAGAACCUCUCCUCGGAAAUCCACGGGGAAAUGGCAAACAGGAUUGACGGGUUUCACACGCUCUUCGCUAGACAGAGCCGCUCAUUACCAUAACCGUCUGCAGCGACGGCGGCGCGGCGCCCCAGUCGCGGCGGCGGGACCUGCCGGGACCCUCGCCCGCCGCGCACCAGCGUCCACCGCCGACCGGGCCGCCGGGCCGGGCUCCGCGCGACUGUGCACCGGCGGCCGGGCUGGCGCCGAGCCCAGAGCGGAUCAGCGGCGGCGCGAGCGCUCGGGCCGCCGCCUCCCGGCUGACCCCGCGAUCUGAGGCGGUCAGAGAUGACUCUGGUUCUGUCCAUGAAUAGAUUCUGCGAGCCCAUUGUCUCGGAAGGAGCUGCUGAAAUUGCUGGGUACCAGACACUAUGGGAGGCUGACAGCUACGGAGGCCCAAGUCCCACUGGGCCAGCACAGGCUCCUCCGCAGGGAGACCGGGGAGCCGGUCCCCCACUGGCAGGAUCACAUUACAGGGGAAUUUCAAAUCCUAUAACAACAUCCAAGAUCACAUACUUUAAGAGGAAGUAUGUGGAAGAAGAGGAUUUUCACCCACCACUCAGCAGCUGUAGCCAUAAAACCAUCUCGAUUUUUGAGGAACGAGCCCACAUCCUGUAUAUGUCAUUAGAAAAGCUCAAGUUUAUCGAUGAUCCUGAAGUGUACCUCCGAAGGUCCGUCCUUAUCAACAACUUGAUGAAACGGAUCCACGGAGAGAUUAUCAUGCAGAAUAACUGGUGCUUUCCUGCCUGCUCUUUCAACGGCCCCUCUGCCCAAGAGUGGUUUCUGGCUCAAGACUGUCCUUACCGAAAACGACCGCGGAUGGCCAAAGAGGAGUGUGAAAAGUUUCACGCCUGCUGCUUUUACCAGGAAUGUGGUGGUCACUACCUAAACUUGCCCCUUUCUGUCCAUGCUAGUGUCGGAAGUGCCUCCACCACUGCCCCCUCUUCCUCCUCGUCUUCCUCUUCCCCUCCCCCUCUGCCUUUACCUAGUUGUUCCCACCAGGUGGAUUUCAGUGUAGGCUGUGCAUCUGCUUACAAGGGUGACGGUCAGGUACCCGCCAGCGAAAUCUUUGUUACUAAUGUCAGGUCACUAGGUGUUCAGGAAAAGGCCACAUUAAGUGAGGAGAAGGUAAAUAACGACACCAACAGGGAUGGUGGCCCAUUAAGCCAUGAACCUGUGGGAAACGACCUUGCUUUUGAGUGCAAAGGCCAAUUUUACGAUUAUUUUGAGACUGGAUAUAAUGACAAAAACAAUGUGAGUGAGUCUUGGAAAAAGUCCUUAAGGAAAAAGGAGCCUUCACCAAGUAACAAACCGUGCUGUGGCAAAGGGAGCAAACUAUGAGCCAUCUUUCCACCGAACCUCUGAAGCAUGCACAGCAUGACCAAUUAGCUCUCAUAAAUUUUAUUUUGAAUGGAUUUUAUAGUUUUGUACAACUGAUAAAAUUAUGCCAUGAA